AUGGCAUUUCAGUUCAACUUCUCUAUAGAGAACACAGAAGAAAGCAGACUAGAAGCUCUUGAGGAUGAAAAACCACAACAAGAAUUGGUACAGGAAUCUUUAAUCCUCCUGGACAAGCAAGAAAGCCUGGCAGAAAAGAGAAAUGAUAUGUCCUCAGAAGAAAAUAUGUUUAACCAGGAACUUUUAUCAGAAAUGCCUGCUCAGGUGGCAGAUCACAGCUCUUUGAGUAAAAGCCAUGACGUAACUUUGCCAGAGAAGUAUUCUUGUCCUGCAGCGGCCAAGGCACAUAACGUCCCUAAAGAUGUCGGCAAAAUCUUGGGAAGUAAAGUUGUAGAGAAACUACCAGGCCUGUAUCAUAUAAAUAUUUCUGUGGUGAAGGCAGAACUCCCGAAUUACACCCAUGGUGACAACAUACUGACUAAAAGCAUUUCUUCUCACUCAGACCUAAUCACUGGUGUCUACGAAGGAGGUCUGAAAAUAUGGGAAUGCACAUUUGAUCUCAUGGACUAUUUUUCAGAAGCUAAAGUUCAGUUUGCACAUAAGGUAGUUUUGGACUUGGGCUGUGGAGCCGGACUGCUGGGAAUCACUGCGUUGAAAGGAAAUGCUGAAAGAGUUCACUUUCAGGACUAUAACGGUGUGGUGAUUGAAGAAAUAACUCUACCUAACAUACUGGUAAACUGCAUUUGUCCGAGUGGUGAUUCUGAAGGAAUUACCGGUCCUUCUCUAGUGCAGCUCCAGGAAACAGACUUCAACCAAGAUUUAAUUUCUAAGUGCAAAUUCUUUUCUGGGGAAUGGUCAGGUUUUAGUAAGCUUUUACUGAAUAGCGUUACGCCCUUCGCAAAAUAUGAUCUCAUAAUCACGUCAGAAACUGUUUACAAUCCUGAUUACUAUGAAGCUUUGCAUGAUACACUUUCGAAAUUACUGAAAGCAAAUGGCUGUGUCUAUGUGGCUGGCAAAGCACAUUAUUUUGGGUGUGGAGGUGGGGUCCUGCUCUUUCAAGAGUUCGUCAAAAAGAAAAAUGUGUUCAAUUCUAGAAGUGUUAAAAUUAUUGACAAGGGGUUGAAGCGGUUUAUUAUUGAACUGGUGUUUAAGAAUCCCUCCUGAU